AUGAGCGCCCGUAUGCAGUUUCCGCUGUCGCAGCGGCGGCACACCAACAUCGCCGUGGUUCGGUAUUCAAAGAAUGGGGUCAAGCUCGAGAUUGCAUGCUACAAGAACAAGGUCAUCUCGUACCGCAGCGGUACGGAGAACCGCUUGGAUGAGGUACUCCAGGUCGAGCGCAUUUUCGCGAACGUCGCUCGUGGCUAUCUCGCCUCGGAGAAAGAAAUCCAGACCGUCUUUGGGGGUGAGAUGACGGAAGCGGAAGCGAUCAGGUACAUGCUGGACCACGGCGAACUGCAGGUGGCGCAGCAGGAACGCGCGGCGGAGGUGGAUGAAAUGUUCAAGGACAUCGCGGUCAUUAUCUCGCAAAAGUGCAUCAACACCAAGACGCAGCGCCCCUUCCCCCCGCAGGUGGUCGAGCAGGCACUCCGCUCCAUCGGGGCUGCCGUGAAGCUCGAUCAGUCGGUAAAGAAGCAAGCGCUGGGCCUCAUUCACCUCCUCAUCGAUUCUGACAUUCUCCCCAUCGCGCGGGCCAACAUGAAGAUUCGAUGCACGACGACAUCCGAGGCGGCGCUCGAGAAGCUGCGUGGUUGGUGCCGCGACAACGACGCCGAUGUGGUGAGCGACUCGGUGACGGGCAAAACUAGCGACGGCGGCAGUGGCAAUUUCGGUCAUGCGCUGCUGCUGCUCAUGCAGCCAAACCUGUUCCGCGACCUCGACCACUUUGUAAAGGAGGCGCUCCCCUCUGGAAGCACGAUCCACAUGGUGGAAGCAGCCGUGACGGAGGUGGGUGACUCGGAUGUUCUGCUCGACGCCAACGCCGUCUCGCUCGCCAACGCGCAACCAGGACGUGCAGAGGAAGAGGCUACCAUGGCUGGCUCGAGACGCGCGGCAGCCGCCCCAUCGUCGUCGUCCGCCGGCGAGGUCAACCGUGGUUGUAGUGAUGGCCGCGGUGGUGAGACAGGCAUGAGCAGCAACCUCGGUCAGGGCGCGGAUAACGCCUCUAAUGGGCAGCACCAGAGCGAUGGUGAAGGCAAGCGGGGCCGCACGGGCAAGGCGAAGGGUACCACGCGACGCGGCCACCGAGGUCGGCAGAGCAACAACAGCGAUGGCGACGAUCUACUAGACGGCAGCACGGACGGUGCUGCGGAGGGUGGAUUAGGGGUCGACCACGACAUCGCGGCUGGGCUACAGAGGCUUGGCCUGGACCCCUCACAUGACCUCCAAGACGACAGCGACGAUGAUGGGGGCCGCGGCCGCGGAAGCAGAGGCAAGAAGAAGAAGAACGCCAGCGGCACUGGCGGCGGCCCCUACCAGAGCCAAGGCGCGGGGGGAAGGAAGGCCGGCGGUGGUGCCGCAGCGGUUGACGACGAUGACAACGCCGGAAAGGGAAAGAAGGGGAGGAAAAAUGCGAAGAGCAAAAAGGUGGCGGCAGCAGAGAAAGCAAAGCCGGGAGCGGAGGGAGCCUUCAGCGACAGCGACGAGGAACUGAUGGGCAACCGUAAGCAGCGCGCCAAGAAGCAGCAGGAGACGCGGAUGCAGCAGGGCGGCAACGACUGGCAUGAGGAAGACUUUGACUACGGCGAAGACGAGGAGGCGGAGGUGCAGUUGAGCUAG